UGGCACAUCUGCCAGGAGGGGUUUUCUCUGUCUGCUGUUUUCUCUGUUGGUGUGUUUGCAGUGAUUAUUCCCUCAUAAACAGGCCCCUCAAAAGGCUUAGGUCAUGCCUCCCCUUCUUGGCCCCCUCAUCACUGUUCUCCUGCUUGUAGUCUUCACAAAUUUGACUAGUGGGGCAUACUACGGACACAAGCAACACCCCCAGCCAUACCAGCCAAUGCAGCACAUUCAACACAUGAACAUGGGCAAGGGAGGUUUUCCUCAGCAACAAUACCUUGGCAAAGAAAUGCCCUACAUGCAGUAUCCACACUACGGGAAGGAGCUCCCCCAGAUCCCCAUUCUCAAGGGCAAAGAAAAUCCACGCAAAGGCGGAAACUACAAUGGCGGCAAAGGCAAAGGUCUAACAAUUCCUAGUGCCGUGGCAGGAGUUGCCCAGGGAGAACAAGGCCCAGUUGGACCACCUGGACCAGAAGGACCUCCAGGACCUCCUGGACCACCGGGAAAUGGACUACCUGGUCCUCAGGGCCACACUGGAACUCCGGGUCCACCAGGAUUACCUGGAAUAGCGAAACUAGGGUUGCCUGGACUGCCAGGGAAACCAGGUGUAAAUGGCGAGCCUGGGCAUCAAGGAAAAAUGGGACCAAGAGGUGAAGAAGGUCCCACUGGUCAACCAGGUCCUCAGGGACCCCCAGGCCCGUCUGGGCUUCCUGGAAUAGGUAAACCAGGGAUACAGGGAUUACCAGGUCAACCAGGUGCCAAAGGAGAGCCAGGUCACAAGGGUCUGCCAGGACUGCCAGGAUUACUGGGGCCAAAAGGAGACAAAGGGAUGGGCCUGCCAGGACAGCCUGGUCAUAAAGGACUUCCUGGGCCUCCUGGACCUGCUGGCCCUAGAGGCCUGCCAGGUUUUGGAAAACCAGGGUUGGAUGGUUUACCAGGUCCACAAGGACCCCCAGGGCAUAAAGGACAUCCUGGAGAAUCAGGUCCCCCUGGGCCUGCUGGAGAACAAGGACAACCUGGCCCACCUGGUCUACCUGGUCAAGGAAAGUCAGGUCAAAAUGGUCUGCCUGGACAGCCAGGAAGAACAGGUGAGAAAGGCCUUCCAGGACCACCAGGUUUGCCAGGAAAACCAGGACUUCCAGGAUUUGGUAAGCAAGGACUCUUAGGACCAAAAGGUGAUAAAGGAUUGGGUGGACCACCUGGACCUCCAGGAGCCAAAGGAGAAAAGGGUCAUGGUGGAGUGCCCGGGAUGCUUGGACCCCCUGGACCAAAUGGUCCACCAGGCCCUCCAGGACUGAUUGGACGACCUGGAAGUAUAGGUGCACCCGGUCCUAAAGGAGAUUGUGGAGAUGGAGGACCUAAAGGGCUUGAUGGAGCUAAGGGUGACCUUGGUCCUCCAGGACUACCUGGUAAGAAUGGUCUACCUGGGGAACUUGGGGAACCAGGUCCAAGAGGUCCACCUGGACCAAGUGGUCCUAAAGGUGCUGAUGGGCAUAAAGGUCUACCUGGUAUGCCUGGCCCCCCUGGAACUCCUGGUUUAAGAGGACAGGCUGGAUUAACUGGGGAAAGGGGUAUUCAAGGACCUCAAGGAAUCCCUGGAAUAGAUGGCACAGCUGGACCAAUUGGGCCUCCGGGUCCUACAGGAGCUAAAGGCGAAAAUGGUCUUCCUGGUCCACCAGGCACUGCAGACGUUGGGAGUCCAGGCCUGCCUGGUCCUGUGGGACCACAAGGAAGAGAGGGACCAUCUGGACCCCCAGGACAGCCUGGCCAACCUGGUCCACCUGGACCACCUGGUGAACCUGUUUUUUCUCCAGAAAUGGCUGGAGUACUUUCUGAAAUGGGCCCAGGACUAGAUGGUGUUAAAGCUGGAAGUUAUGAUAAAAAGAUCAAAUAUGGUGGGGCUGAAGUAAUGGGUUCCAGUGGGCUUGAAAUGCCAGCAUUUACCGCUGUAGCAUCUACUCCCUUUCCACCUGUGGGUAGUCCAGUUAUUUUUGAUAAGCUCUUGUACAAUGGCCGCCAAAACUACAAUCCCCAGACAGGAAUUUUCACCUGUGACAUCCCGGGCAUUUAUUACUUUGCCUACCACAUUCAUUGCAAGGGAGAGAAUGUGUGGGUGGCAUUGAUGAGAAACCACGAGCCUGUUAUGUAUACAUAUGAUGAAUACAAAAAUGGUUUCUUAGACCAAGCAUCAGGAAGUGCAGUACUACCUCUUCAACCCGGGGACACUGUGUACAUUCAGAUGCCAUCAGAUCAGGCCUCCGGACUUUACGCUGGACAGUAUGUUCAGUCCUCCUUCUCUGGGUAUUUGCUCUAUCCAAUGUAAAACCUCAUACUUCAGGGAGAAGAAAAGGAGGAAGCUUAUUUUGUAUAAUUGAUGCUGGUAUUAUAAAUUAUCUUAGACUAAAGCACAAGAAUUGUACUGUAUAACCUAAAAGCCAUUUCAAAUGGGAGACCUAAGACUUGUUGUUGUUUUUCAGAAAGCACCUGAAAAUAGUUAGAAUUGUAUUUUCUUUUUAAAAAACUUGUCACAAAACAAAGCAGUUUGUAAUAUGCCAAAAAGUAAUAUAGAGAGCUUAUGGAGUGUAUUUACAAGAUGGUAAGAUGAACAGCUCUCUGUUGAUUACAGUGUUACAACAGUGUCAAAUUCAGUCCCUGCACAGUGUCACAAUUGGCAGCUAACCCAUGCAGCAGGUAAUGUGAAAACACCAGCAAAGAUGACAACAUAAAUGCCUUUUGACAGGAAGAAAUUAUUUGUUUUUGCAUUUGUACCAUAUGUCUCUCGGGAUAUUAUUGUAAAAACAUAAAACGACCAUUUGUAUGAAUUUUGUUUUUUGAGUUAACACAUUUAUUGUUGUGCAAGUUGCAAAUGUCUACAUUCUGGGAAAUUAUCUGAAUGCUGAAUGACAAACAUGACAACUUUGCAAAGAAUAUUGACUACAGUUUUUAUAGGAGGCAAAACAGAAAAUAUGUUAUUUUUACUUUGAAGUGUUUGCUGAUAAUUUUGUGAAUCUGCUGCUGUGAAAAAACCCAUUAGACUCUAGACACAUUAUUGCUCUGAACUAUAAAGCCACUCAACAGACUACAUUAGACCAUUUCAACACAAUGAAAAUACUGACAUUAAAUAUCAUCACAAGCACCAUACAGGUAUGAUGUCCUUGUUUGCUAGCAUUCUUUAGUGAGGAAUGGUAUUCAUUUAGAUUUUCAUAGAUUACCACUUCACCGGUAAGAAGUAGUGGUUUUGUCCCUAAUGACUUUAGUUGGACUAGUUUAUUUUGUUACACUACAUUAAAGCAGUGAAUGUUCCUUUGUAAUUAUUUUUAUAUAACAGCUGUAAUUUAAAAUUCACCAUUUCAAAACUGUUUUGCAGGACAUGAUUUCAUAUUAGAAGCAUAUCAUUCAUAAUUUAUUUACCAUUUAAUCGAUUGUGAUGCAAAAUUGAAGUAUGAAGGGUUUAAUGAAGAGUAACCAUGAUGAAGUCGUCCCUGUAAUGAAAACUUUACUGUGUUAAUGUUUAAAGCUUGUUAUGACCGUUUGUUUUUCUAAAUAAAGGUUGUUUACUUAAAAAA